GACGCGGCAGCGAUCGGAAAGCAGGGUUAACUUCAAAGUUUGUUUUGGUGAUGUUUCCACAACCGACUUGGGUAGUGAAAUACUUAAGAAGAUUUCAGUCGUGUCGAAAGUACCUACAGUAGCCUGAUGGGUCAUAUAUUUGGCGCGUGACAGUGCCAAGUCUCCACCAAAAACACAGUUCGCCCCUUUAAAAGAUUGUUUACGCCUGAGUUCCCCUCUUCACCAUUCUAAACAGUGCGGCAUCCUUGGGUGGUAUCCGCCAUACAGGUCCUCGCAUACCUUCCCUGGCUGCGGUUCUCAGCAGUGCACAAGCCGUAGGCAAGUGUCAGCAGCCGCUAACUUCCGUGUAGGCGCUCGUGUAAAAUACCGGCCGUAGCCCUUAUUCGUGAGUGCAACUGAACGACACGGCCCAACAAUACAUACAGCCAUUGUUACGGUUGAAUAGGUCAUUGCAUUGUGACGAUGGGAACCACAAAUGCGUGGGUACACGAAAAAGCAGGACACGGUGUCGGCCUGUGGAUGCAUGGAUGCAUUGACGUCAUUUCCCUCCUUUAGCAAUCACCACUAGUGAGAGCGCCAAUUAAUGGUCCACCUUUUUGUAAGUUCACCAACUACUGUUCCGAUGUCGACCAUACCGAAAUCCGACACCACCCGGUGAGUGGCAUAAAAUCCAACAAGUGGCGUGUAUUUCUUCAGGGUUUAAGGAAUAUUUGUCGGGGCCAUCGCUCAGUUAAAAGUGUUUGUGUGGAUUGUAUUUUCAGUGCCCGAACACACUGAAUUUAUAUCGGACUGGCAGGCACACAGCUUGGAGGUCUUCAAAUUCCAUUACCAAUACGUAGUCUUUAGCCACAUCAUGGCUGCGACUGGCAAGUUGGGUGUUCUACUUGUGGCCGUGGUACUGAAAGCGUGCGCAAGUGUAGCUGCUCCGUACUACGGCGCGAUUCUCGGUGACCUGUCCACCAUUCAUCACCAGGUUUCAGGUAGGGUGUACGCGGCAGACGCCGACACGCUGCAGAUCCUUGGGUUCACGUACGACGGGUCCGCACCAGAUGCCUUUCUGUGGAUUGGCACUUCGGCUCAGCCUGAUGCAAGCGGGACCAUCUUGCCUAUUGAUCCUAGUAACCCAGGCAGAAAGUUAGGCAGAUUCGACAACGCAAACAUAAUCGUAGAUCUGCCGACCGGCACCACAAUUUCCGACUACAAGUGGCUGUCAGUCUGGUGUCGUCAAUUUUCCGCUGAUUUUGGGAAUCUGAUCUUUCCCAUGGGUUUCACUGCUCCGGCCGUUCAUGACCUUGGCGCCUUACCGACGUAUGCUCAUCGAGUGCGGGCCGAUAGCGUUAAAGUUCUGGAUGCCAAGACCCUGAGAUUCGAAAACCUCUUCUACGAUGGCAACGGACCAGAUGCUUAUUUUUGGGCCGGAACUACAUCCUCUCCAACCAGGGACGGUAUUAAACUCAUUUGGAAGCCAGGCAUGCCGGCCACAGGUACCAACCAACGGCUAGAUCGCAGCUUCAAUGGAGACACUAUCGUGGUAACCAUGCCCGAUGGGAUGACCGUGUACGACAUCACCUACGUCAGCCUCUGGUGCGUCUUAUUCCGGUCCAACUUCGGUCACGUGACCAUCAACCCCAACCAGCUCAACGUGCCGGCUGUUCUCGAUAUGGCUCCCCCGUUCGAUCACUGCGAGGUUCUCUCCGACAACGAGUUUCACGUUCGCUGGAAAGUGGAAGCCCCCAACAUCAAAGUGGAAUUGGCUGGUCGCGUCGAACCGGGCAACUACCUGGCCUUCGGUCUCAGCGGCUCAGAUACACGGACCCGGAUGGUAGGCUCUGACGUCACAGUGGCGUGGAUGGACCAAACAACCAUGAGCCCAAUGGUUGUCGACUAUAGGCUGCACUCCAGGGCGCAAUGCUCCAUUAACAACGGCUUUGGUGUCUGCCCCGAUGAUUUAGCCAGCGUUGGAGGAAGAAACGACAACGUGUUUGAAAAGCUGUUGUCGGCAGAUGGCAUUGCAAUGUUCACCUACUCUAGACCACUGAACACGGGUGAUUCUACUGACAGAGUUAUUCCCACGGAUGCUCCAGUGUAUAUCUCCUGGGCAAUCGGCCCCAUCAACCCAGAUGGACUAGUCGCCAAACACGUCAAAAUUCCAUUCGAUAACCCUCAAAUCAACUUCGGGCGUCAGGGAACCACCAACUGUCCGGCGUUUACGGCGGUGGACAGUGGAAACCCGCUUGAGCCUUGGCCACCCUCCAGCAUUAGCAACGAGACAAAUUUCACGGUCGACAUUGGUCAGUCUGGAGGCGAGCGAGGUUACACUGGCAUUACUGGCAAGGUGGGCUGGGGAAUAGCUUGGUACGUCAACAGCUUGCUUAUACCAGAGAUCACGGUCCAGCGAGGCACUACGUACACCUUCGAGGUCCACGGGGGCAACGACCCGGCCUUAGCGGCCAAGUAUCACCCCUUCUACAUCACCGACGACUCGGAGGGAGGCUAUGUCCAGAAAACCGAAGCUGAAAAACUGGGUGUGACAAUAUACGCUGGACCAACAGAGGGAGCCUACUGUGAAUGGGAAGUCAGGACACCAGGCACGUCACCAGACGACUACGACAAUUUCUUGAGUUAUAGGUACUACCUGCAGCGCAACUGCGUCGACGCCUCGCCGACACCGGGCCGUCUGACUUGGACACCAGACGGUAGCACACCGGACCUGGUCUAUUACCAGUGUUACACACACAGGUUUCUUGGGUGGAAGAUACGCGUGGUUGAUCAGCUGGUGACGGCAGGUACAAUGAUGCCGGAGAUUCCUAGUCUGCCAGCCACGGAAGACAGCUCUCAAGCCAGCAGCACGGACCUCGGGGCUAAGCCGUCCCCCACCAAGCCGUCCCCCACGGACGGCGCCACGCGGUCGGUCACCUUAUCGGCCAUCCUGAUGGUCACCGCCCUGCUCACGGUGAUGGUGUUUUAGCUGAGCGAGAGUCAUCGUCGAAAUGAAGCAACAGUGCAACUGCUUUAAAGUUUUUAACGCUGCCAUUUUAACGCAAAAUUUGUAUCAAAAUAAUGCACAAACGACCAUAAGUAUAAACCUUUUUCAAAACAAGUAGCCUCCACAAAAUGUCAUCUUGUAAAAAGUUGAGCAUAUUUUUCAUUUGAACAUUGAAGUGCACUCUUUUAAACUGUAAAGAAUAAAGCACCGAAAAUAAGUGCAAACCUACUAUAAAACCUGACAAAUAGUACAUAUGUGAAUGUUAUUAUAAUUAUGUAGCAUUAAUUCACUUCAAAUAUAUAGUAAAACUGAAACUGUAUAUACUAUUAGAAUUCUAAGCUACAGCAAGACUGUGGAUAAGCAAUUCGGGCGUUUCACAAUAGUGCGCCUCCAAUAGUUUGCAAGGCGUUGGCCAAUCGCAGUGCGCAAAAUUUGUCGACCCA